UUGCUUAGGAACAGUCUAAUUAAGAUUGUUUCCUUGCUCUGUCCCAGUGUCUUUACUAAGGAUUGCCAGGCACAAUGAAGGUUCUCUUAUUGAAAGAUGCCAAGGAUGAUGACAGUGGCCAGGACCCAUAUAUCCAGGAGCUGGGAUUGUAUGGAAUGGAAGCUACACUAAUUCCUGUUCUGUCAUUUGAGUUUUUGUCUCUUCCCAGUUUGUCAGAAAAGCUGUCUCAUCCCGAAGGCUUUGGAGGACUCAUUUUCACCAGUCCCAGGGCAGUGGAAGCAGUGAAGCUGUGUUUGGAGCAGGACAAUAAAACUGAAGACUGGGAAAAGACUCUGAAAAACAAAUGGAAUGCCAAGUCUGUGUACGUGGUUGGAAAUGCCACUGCUUCUCUAGUGAAUAAAAUUGGCCUGGAUGCAGAAGGAGCACACAGUGGAAAUGCAGAGAAGCUUGCUGAAUAUAUUUGCUCCAGGCCGUGUUCGGCACUGCCUCUUCUCUUUCCCUGUGGAACUAUCAAAGGAGAUACUCUUCCAAAAAUGCUCAAGGACAAAGGGAUCCCCAUGGAAAGCAUGCAUGUCUAUCAGACAAUUCCACACCCUGGAAUCCAAGGGAACCUGGAGAGCUUCUAUGAAAAUCAGGGUGUCCCAGCCAGCAUCACAUUUUUCAGUCCCUCUGGUCUCAAAUACAGCCUGGAGUAUAUUCAGGCAUUAUCUGGUGGCAGCUUUGAUCAGAUUAAGUUUGUAGCCAUUGGCCCCAGUACAACUCGUGCUAUGGCUGCCAAGGGCCUGCCUGUGAGCUGCACAGCAGAGAGUCCCACGCCACAAGCACUGGCUGCAGGCAUCAGGAAAGUGCUGCAGCCCAACAGUUGCUGCUGAGGCUGUGCUGGGCCAGCUCCUUCCCUGUGCGUGGGACAGCUUGCUGCUGCCUCUAGAAUGGAGCCAGAAUCAGAGAAGGUCUCUGGAGAAGCUGCUGUGAGCAUGUCUCUGUCCUCUGUGGAGUCCAGCUUGGAACAUAGGCCAGGUGCACACUGGCCAUUGGACCCUGGGAAAGCUUCCUGUGCCUAGAAAGAAGGAAAUGAAAUCAAUCCCAUGGUGACUUGUGCUUGCUGCCCACUAACUUUUUAAAUUGUAUUUAUGUGUAUGGACAUCUUAUCUGCAUGUAUGUUUGCUGUGUGCAUGCCUAGUGCCUGCAGAGGCAAGGAGAGGGUGUCAGAUCCCCUAGAACUUGAGUUAGACACAGUUGUGAGCUACCAUGUGGGUACUGGGAAUUGAACCCGAAUCCUCUUAAAGAACAAGUGCUCUCAGUCACUGAGCCAUCACUCCAGCCCACUAUUAUCAUGUGUGGUUUUUGGUAUAAAGCUGUGUUCAGGGGCAACAUACAGAGUCUCUGAUGCUGACCUGCUAAGCAUGAUAAAUUUAUUCAUUAUACAAAAAAUAAAACAAGGCUGAGCCAAGCAUGGUGGCACACUCAUCAUCCCAGCAUUCAGGGAAUUCAGCAAUGAGUUUAAGGCUAGCCAGGACUAUAUAAUGAGAUGCUAUCUCAAAACCCCAAAUAAAAAUAAUCAAGACCUC